AAAGUUUUAGUUGGAAGUGGUGACUGGCUUAAACCAGGAAGUAUAAUAAUAAUCACAACUAGAAAUCAAAGUCUACUCCUUGAGAAGGAUUGUGUUUAUAUGAUGAGGAAUUUGGAUGAAGGGGAAUCUAUUGAGCUUUUCAACUGGCAUGCAUUUAAACAAGAAAGUCCCCGAGAUGAUUUCAUUAAACUUUCAAGAAAAAUAGUUGCAUAUUGUGGGGGGCUUCCACUGGCUCUUGAGGUCCUAGGCUCCCAUUUAUUUGGCAGAGGGGUAGAAAAAUGGAAGUGUGUAUUCAAGAAACUAAAAGAAAUUCCCAAUAACAAGAUACACAAGAAGCUAAAAAUAAGUUAUGAUGGUUUAGAUGAGUUGGAGCAAGAAAUAUUUCUGGAUAUAUGUUGCUUCUUUAUUGGGAUGGACAGACAUAAUGUGACACAGAUACUAGAUGGUUGUAAAUUUUUUGCCGACAUUGGAAUCGAAACCCUUGUGGAGCGAAGCCUUAUAGCCAUUGAUGAGAAGAACAAGUUUGUUAUGCAUGAUUUGCUGCGAGACAUGGGGAGAGAAGUAAUUCGUCAACAAUCUAAAAUGGUGCCUGGGAAUAGAAGCAGGUUAUGGUUUCAUAAGGAAGCACGAGCUGUAUUAUCAAAACACAUGGGAACAGAGACUAUUGAAGGACUAUCUUUGAAUUUGUCACAAAGUAAAAAGAAGCAUUUUCAGACAGAAGCAUUUAAGAUGAUGAACAAACUCAGAUUACUUCAUCUUGAUGAUGUACAGCUUAAAGGAGACUACAAUUAUAUCAGUAAAAAUCUCAGAUGGCUUUGUUGGCAUGGCUUUCCCUUAAAAUACAUUCCUAGCAACUUUUAUCAAAAGAAAUUAGUUGCUAUUGACUUAGAAAAUAGCAACCUCAGAAAAGUGUGGAAGGAAUCCCAGAUAUUGAAGAUGUUGAAAAUCCUCAAUCUAGGCCACUCUCCUCACUUGAGGCAAACUCCUGAUUUUUCAAAACUACCAAAUCUUGAGAAGUUGAUCCUCAAAGAUUGUCCAAGUCUAUCCAUGCUGCAUGAUUCUAUUGGGCAGCUUCAUAAACUUUUUCUACUAGAUUUGGAGGAUUGUGUUGGCCUUCAUAGCCUCCCAAGAAGCAUUUAUAGAUUAAAAUGCUUAAAAACUCUCAUUCUUUCUGGUUGUUUGAAUAUUGAAAAGCUUGAGGAGGACAUAGAGCAAAUGGAAUCUUUGACAACUCUAGUUGCUCCUACAAUAAAAAAAGUGCCGUACUCUUUGGUGAGAUUAAAAAGCAUUUUCAAUCUAUCGGUCAAUGGUCAUGAAGGAUUAGCACGUUGUGUGAUUCCUUCUCUCUACCAAUCUUGGAUGUCCCCAACAAAUAAUCCACUACCUCGUACAAAUUGUAUGGACAUCUCGGGAUUGAAUCUUGCAAAGUAUAGUGGUGAUUGCAUUCUUCCUGGUGACAUUUACCCGUAUUGGCUAACAUUUAAGGGUGAAGGAGCUUCUGUAAAAUUUGAACUGCCCCCAGUUAAUGGUCAUGAUCAUUUAAAAGGGAUGACAAUUUGUUUUGCAUAUAUCCCUUCAGGUGAUUUGGAAAACAAGGCAUCUGGAUCUUGUAUAAUUUGCUUAAUGAUCAUAAAUUAUACAAAGGCAUCCACUUUGCUCUACACGGAAGACAAACUGAAAUCCUUGGAAGAAGCAGAGAUGAAGGAAAUAAUAUCAAAUCUGAAACCUAAUGACCAAGUGGAGGUGAAAGCAGUUUUUGGGGAUGGAUUCACUGUGAAGAAAACGGUAGUCUAUUUGAUGUACAGUGAGUCAUUUGAUGAACAGAUGGAGCCUUCAACAUCUGAAGCUGUAAAUUUAAGUGGCACCAAACACAAAUGUGAGGAGGAGGAAGAAGAAGAGGCAUAUCAAUCUACCAAACGUAGAAAGGCAACGAAGUUUUUGCUGCAGCACUUUCUUUGAAGUUUUCUUGGGGCCACAACACUUUUUAUGAAGUCAAUAUAUUUCAUUUUUGAAUUAAAAUUGAUCUAU